AAUUCCAAAAUUACCCACAAAAUGGAUUCAAGAAUCCAUGUCACAAUUCACAGAUCAAACUCAAGAAUUUAUCUCUCUGAUAUAAGUGAACCUAGCUCACCUCUCUGCCUAACCGACCUCUCAAACCCCAAAAUUGCAUCAAAUCUCCACAUCUUCACACACUCUGAACUCAAGCUCAUGACCUGUGACUUCUCAUCCGUGAGAUUCCUCGGCGAGGGCGGGUUCGGGCCCGUGCACAAGGGCUUCCUCGACGACAAGUGCAGGCCGGGCCUCACCCCCCAGCCCGUUGCCGCCAAGCUCCUCAACCUUGACGGAGAUCAAGGCCACAAGGAAUGGCUGACAGAAGUAGUCCUUCUUGGGCAACUGAAACACCCUCACCUCGUGAAAUUGAUUGGAUACUGCUGCGAAGGCGAGAACCGGCUUCUUGUGUAUGAGAUCAAUAUCGCACUCGGAGCAGCAAGGGGCAUAGCGUUCCUCCAUGGCGAAGAGAAAGCGGUCAUCUACCGUGAUUUCAAGACUUCCAACAUCCUACUCGACUCUGUAAAAUUUAAACUCAUUCCCCUCCAACCAAUGGCAGAGUCAGAUAUUUCACGUUGAGAGGCCAAGAAGACAUUUCACAACUUUCUCGACAAAGUUUCUUUUGAAAUAAAAACAAAAGUUUAAAUAAACUUACAUAAGUUUAACAAAUUUCCUAAAAAAUUAAUUUUGUUAUUGUUUAUUUGAUAUUAAUAUCCAUAGGAUCAAAGCUCCAUAUGUAGGAUCUUUUACACACAAAAUUGCUAAUAUACCCUUUAAUUAAAAUAUCAAAAUUAUUAGGGGUCAUUGCCACUAAAUCCUCUUGAUCAAUACAAUUGAUAUUGUCCUAACAUUAUAAUACACAUUUUCUCGACUACAAGGAUUACAAUGCGAAGC